AUGCCCUCAUCUUCACCACCCAACCGCCGACUCCGCGUCUUGCUCACGAACGACGACGGCCGCCCCUCUCCCAAGACCGGUCACUCGCCUUUCAUCUACCCCUUCGCGCGAGGACUGGUCGAGCAGCUCGGAUGGGACGUGAGGGUUGUUGUGCCGGAUAGUCAGAAGAGCUGGGUCGGGAAAAGCUAUUUGAUCGGGGACAAGGUCACUGGCCAAUACUACUAUCCUGCAGGAGAGGACGGAACCAAAGGCGAGUUGAGAGACCUGCCGCGGACCACCAAGGACGGCGAGAUGGAAUGGGUUCUCUUGCAGGGGACGCCAGCCACCUGUGCCUCAAUCGCCCUCAACAACCUCUUCCCGCCCGACUCCUUUGAUCUCGUUAUCUCUGGACCAAACUUUGGACGCAACACCAGUACCGCCUUCGCCAUCGGUACCGUCGGCGCAGCCAUGGCUGCUGCCAUUUCCGGCUCGCACGCGAUUGCGCUCUCGUGGGGCUUGAUGGAAGGCUACAAGCCCCCGCCGCAAGAGUUCGUCGACGCCGCCGUCAAGCUGUCUUGUCAAGUCGUCGAGCGGCUGUACAAGCUUGGCUUCGGCGAGGGCGACAGCAAGGUCGACGUGUACUCGGUCAACGUGCCUCUUCUCCCCGACAUCGUCUCGUCACCAGAGGUCCGAUGGACGACUAUGGCUCGCACCUCGUACGGCCGUCUCUUCAAGUCGACCCCGCACCCCGACUCGGCCGCUUCAGAGGAGAAAGGUGGACCAGCUGCGGUCGCUGAGCCGAAGCAGGAGACUGGCGGCGCAGAGCAGAGUGAAGGGAGCGAGAACCUGAUGGUGCGCGACGAGCACUGGAAGGAGAGGCUGCACUUCGUGUUCGCGCCGGAUCUUUCGGCGCUCGUCAAUCCGAAGAUGGAUGACUUGGUCGAAGGCACGGACAAGCAUGCCAUUCACAGUGGAGCCGUCUCGGUCACUCCGAUUCGCGCCGCCUUCAUGAAGGCCAGCCCGCCGCAGGGCAUCCCGGUAGACGGUCUCCUCAAGAUUUAG